AUGGCCGGAACCCUCGCCGGAAAAGUUGUUGUUACCGGCGCGUGGAGGAGCGUGGCGACUUUUUUGCCAGAUAAAAUUUUAGGGGUUGGUCGUCGGAGGACAUUUGGUUGUACAGUUGAUCAUAUUGACUCUAUUUCUAGCAGUCUUGAUGAGGGUGCACAUCCAAACUAUGAUGCUGCAGAACGGCAGCUCGAUCUUUUUAAUCGUCUCUGCCCAUUGCUCAUAGUGAGGUUGCUUCCCUUACGAGUAUUCGACGAUCUCAACUCAUAUGCUUUCUAUGAUGAACUUCCAACCAAACUGGCUACACAUGAUGAUGAAUGCUUGGGAACUCAAAGCACUGAAUGUGUGGCUGGACUUCUGAUCAACAGGGCAUUGAGCAACUCUGAAUUUGAAGAUGUUCGAAGACUUGCAGCUGAGCUGUGUGGGAGAAUUCACCCAAAGGUUCUCAUUCCAAUAAUGUCAUAUCAGCUGAAAAAUGCCUCUAAUUCCAAGGAUUUACUGAAGAUAAAAGCUUGUCUUUUUUCAACUUGCACAUCUCUCUUGGUAAGAGGCACAGACGCAUAUGCGCAUCCUGACGUGUUGCAGAUAAGGAAGGCAAUAGAGACUGUCUUAUUAUGGCCUUCAGUGGAUGGGGAUGAUAUUUCAAAGGCACAACAUGGUUGCAUCGACUGUCUAGCAUUGAUGCUGUGCACUGAAUUGCAAGCUACAAAAGCUGUCAAGAACUCAACAUCGAGGGAUUCUGUCGCAAAAGGCUCAGUCUGCAGUUACGUGAUCCACCACUUGGUUUGUGAUGAAGAUACCAUUAUUUCGUUGAAGUUGGAUAGAGAUGAGGUGCCAAAAGCCCACAUCUCUUUUCGGUUGUGCAUGGCAAAUGUGCUUAUUAGUGCUUGUCAAAAGGUUCCUCGUGCUAGCAAGAAACCAUUUGUUUCGAAAAUUCUUCCUCGUAUCCUCCAUUCAAUCAAGGAAAUUGCAGAUUCAGAAGUCAGGUCUGCAUGUAUCCAAGUAUUCUUCUCAAUGGUGUACCAUCUAAAGUCUCUAGUUCUUCCUUACUCUUCCGAUCUUCUCAAAGCGUCGAUAAAGUCGCUUAGAGAAGGAUCAGAGAAGGAAAGGAUUGCUGGUGCCAAGUUACUAGCAUCUUUAAUGGCGAGCGAAGAGGCAGUCUUACAGAAUAUUUCUGGUGGCCUUCUGGAAGCCAGGGCCUUGCUUCAAGAUAUAUGCUCUUCAGAACCUUCAUUGGACGUUUGGAAAAUGUGCCAGCGAUUGCUUGUAUGUUUGACCUCUGUGUAAAUACUUGUGUUUUUCCCCCCCAGUUAUAUACCCUUAUCCUGUAAAGAACAGCUGCAAAUGUGCAAAGAAUUCUGAAAGCAUGAGCUAUUUUUGGAGGUUAAGAAAAUUUUCAAAACAAAAUCGUAAACACCAGGUAGGGGUAAUUAAGUUUGUUUCAACAGAAUUAUGAUAUAAGCUAGUGACGUUUGUUUAUAUAUUUAGCUUUUUAAAACUAACUAUAUUUUGGUGAUUUGAUAA